AGUACUUCCGUCCUUACAAUCUUUUGGCGUUCGACGGGAGAUUCCCUUCAGAGGACAGGUUGCUGUCACUACAGUCAACAUGUUAUCCCACUCCCGGUGUAUAACCCGGAAUUUUGGUCGUUCUUUGUCUGUCAUUCGUCAGGGAAACAAUGUGUUAACACGACGAGCUGCAUCAGCAGGACUGUCAGCUAUUCGUAGUGUGACUGUCAAACCUACGAAAUUGGAAUGGAGCUCCAGCGUCUUCCUGAUCAGAUACUUCAAGACAUCUGUGGCUUGCGGGAAUGAGGUGAUCACAGUGAAGACGCCUGCCUUUGCAGAGUCGGUUACAGAAGGGGAUGUGAGGUGGGAGAAAGCGGUUGGUGACUCCGUCAAAGAGGAUGAGGUGGUUUGUGAAAUUGAGACAGACAAGACAUCAGUGCCUGUGCCGUCUCCUUCCGCUGGGGUGAUUGAGGAGCUGCUGGUCCCUGACGGGGAGAAAGUCGAGGGAGGACAGGCUCUCUUCAAACUCCGGAAAGGAGCUGUUGCUGCCCGAGCUUCAGAGGCUCCACCCGCAGAGGCCCCAGCAGUAUCCCCGCCCCCCCUUGCUGCCGCGCCACCUCCCCCUCACGCACCCUCUGCGGUGGGCCCCAUCCCAACCACUCUGCCCCCCGUGCCUCCUGUGCCAGGAGCAGCCAUUUCUGCCACACCAGUUUCGGCCAUCAAAUCGACUGCUGCCCCGGCCGCUGUCAGAGAUGGAGGGGGUAAACCCGCCAGGACGGAGCAAAGGGUGAAGAUGAACCGAAUGCGUCUCAGAAUUGCCCAGAGACUGAAGGAAGCGCAGAACACAUGCGCUAUGUUGACAACUUUUAAUGAGGUCGACAUGAGUAACAUUAGUGAGAUGAGGAAGACUUACAAAGACGCUUUUCUGAAGAAACACAACAUUAAACUGGGCUUCAUGUCUGCGUUUGUCAAGGCUUCAGCAUACGCUCUGAUGGACCAGCCUGCUGUCAAUGGAGUCAUUGAUGACACGACCAAAGAGAUUGUGUACAGGGACUAUGUAGAUAUCAGUGUGGCUGUAGCAACCCCAAAGGGCCUGGUGGUGCCAGUCAUCCGCGGAGUGGAGGGAAUGAACUUUGCUGACAUCGAGAAGGCCAUCAACGAGCUGGGGGAGAAGGCCCGUAAGAACGAGCUGGCUGUGGAAGACAUGGACGGAGGCACCUUCACUAUUAGCAAUGGUGGUGUGUUUGGAUCCAUGUUCGGCACGCCCAUCAUCAACCCCCCACAGUCUGCCAUCCUGGGCAUGCAUGGGAUCUUUGACAGGCCAGUGGCCAUCGGGGGCAAGGUGGAGAUCCGCCCUAUGAUGUAUGUGGCCCUGACCUAUGACCAUCGCCUCAUAGAUGGCAGAGAGGCCGUCACCUUCCUGCGUAAGAUCAAGACUGUGGUAGAAGACCCCAGAGUACUGCUCCUGGAUAUGUGAGCCAGCCUCUCCACAAUCCCAACAAACCACCCUAUUGCCAUACACACACAGUGGCAACUCCCAGUGAUCCUAAAAAAAAUAUUGUGUUGGUUAACUAGACAAAAGGAUACUUGAAGAGAGUGAAAGGUGCAUUGGACUUCUUGCAUGGCUUUUAAAUGGUGGCAAAAUUUAUGGUGAAUGUUCCAUAUGUCUGGAGCAGUGUUUUCACAGAAAAGAGUCCCUGGGGAAAGUAUUGUACAACUGAAAGUGUCAUUGGCCAUUUUCUACCUGCAAUUAAAUAUUUGUCAAAUAAUUGUAAUAUCAAUGGCGCAAACAAAUGCUUAGUUAUGUAUCGUUCCUUUAUUUUGCUGAAAAAAGAACAGUUAUCAUAAAAUGAACUGGAAACACUACGGCAUAAGAUGUUUAUGGUAAAGUUUUUUUGUAGACUUUAUUCAGAGAGUGGGUCCUUUCAAAAUGUGUUGACAUUUAAUUCACGCACACCCUAGGAAAAGAAUGAGAAAAGAAUGUAUAUGCUGUGUAAAAAAAACAAACUAAAAAAAUAAUAUUUAAAGAAACAAAUAUUUUAAACAAUCUUACCUGUUGUUUUUUUGUCACUGGUCUGUAUUUACAGAAUGCUAAAUGACCUGGUAGCAUCUGUUGAAACUCUGUGUGGAGGUUCAAUAGAUGCUACCAUGUCUUGGAAGGAAAAAUGACCUAAAAAGGUACAACAAACCCACAUCACUUACAAGUAAACAAGCGGGACUGAGCUGUGGUUGAAAUACAUCGAGAAAAAAUGUCCAACAUGAGCAAUCUAUUAAAGACAAACACAGAAAAUGGA